UGUGAGUUGACUGAGGCACAGCAGCCCAGCCAAUCACCGGUCUCUUUCCUGACUCUGUCAUCAGCCCUUGGUUGAGGGAAAAACGGUUUUGCUUUCAUGCUCUGUGUUUGGAAGGCAGAUAAAAUGCCAGGUCUGGGUUGCCUCUAGGGAUAACCUUCCUUUCUAUGAUGUGAAUGAAUAGCAUCUUGGCUGGGGGAAAUCCAGAGGAGGAAUUGACAAGGCAGGCUGGAGCUGCUCUGUCUACUGUCUAGGCCUUUCCCUGCGUUUUAAAUCCCAGCUGUGGCUUUUGUAGGGAAUUCACUUUUGCACUGAGAAAGGGGUGCUUUGGAUUAUCAGACCUCCAUGUAUGACAAUUUGUACCUGCAUGGAUUUGAAGACUCUGAGGCGGGAUCAGCAGAUUCGUACACAAGCAGACCAUCAGAUUCUGAUGUAUCUCUCGAAGAGGACAGGGAAGCAAUCCGUCAGGAAAGAGAACAGCAGGCGGCCAUUCAGCUUGAAAGAGCAAAGUCAAAGCCUGUAGCGUUUGCCGUUAAGACUAAUGUGAGCUACUGUGGAGCACUGGACGAAGAUGUUCCUGUACCAAGCACUGCCAUCUCUUUUGAUGCUAAGGAUUUUCUACACAUUAAAGAGAAAUAUAACAAUGACUGGUGGAUAGGAAGAUUAGUUAAAGAAGGCUGCGAGAUUGGCUUCAUUCCAAGCCCACUUAGGCUGGAAAACAUCAGGAUCCAGCAGGAGCAGAAGAGAGGGCGUUUUCAUGGAGGGAAAUCAAGUGGGAAUUCUUCUUCAAGCCUUGGAGAAAUGGUGUCUGGUACUUUUCGAGCUACACCCACUUCCACUGCAAAACAGAAACAGAAAGUGACGGAACACAUCCCACCCUACGAUGUAGUACCAUCCAUGAGGCCUGUUGUGCUAGUUGGCCCCUCGCUAAAAGGCUAUGAGGUGACAGACAUGAUGCAGAAAGCCCUGUUUGACUUCCUGAAGCACAGGUUUGAUGGGAGGAUAUCAAUAACUAGAGUGACAGCUGACAUUUCUCUUGCUAAGAGGUCUGUUCUAAAUAAUCCAAGCAAGAGGGCAAUAAUUGAGCGGUCAAACACCAGGUCCAGUUUAGCGGAAGUGCAGAGUGAGAUUGAGCGUAUUUUCGAAUUGGCACGAUCCUUACAGCUGGUGGUUCUAGAUGCAGAUACAAUCAACCACCCAGCACAACUUAUUAAAACGUCCCUAGCACCGAUUAUUGUCCAUGUUAAAGUGUCAUCUCCAAAGGUCCUGCAGCGACUGAUCAAAUCAAGAGGAAAGUCACAAAGCAAACACCUGAAUGUCCAGUUGGUUGCAGCAGAUAAACUUGCACAAUGUCCUCCCGAAAUGUUUGAUGUCAUUCUGGAUGAAAAUCAGCUUGAAGAUGCUUGUGAACACUUGGCAGAAUAUCUUGAGGCCUACUGGCGUGCCACACACACCACGAGUAGCACACCCAUGACACCUUUGCUUGGAAGAAACCUAGGCUCCACUGCACUAUCCCCUUACCCUACUGCAAUCUCUGGAUUACAGAGCCAACGAAUGAGGCAUAGCAAUCAUUCUACUGAGAACUCUCCAAUUGAACGACGGAGCCUAAUGACCUCUGAUGAAAACUACCACAACGAAAGAGCUCGGAAGAGCAGGAACCGCUUGUCUUCCAGUUCCCAACACAGCCGAGAUCAUUACCCGCUUGUGGAAGAAGAGUACUCCGACUCAUACCAGGACUCCUACAAACCUCACAGAAACAGAGGGUCUCCUGGAGGAUACAGCCAUGAUUCCCGACAUAGGCUUUGAAUACAAGAACCUGGGGGGGAAAUGGUACUCGUCCGUCGCCAACUUGCCAUAACAUAGCUAGGCCAAACGAAUCAACUUGAUUCGGCAGUUGCAGCAUGGUUUUUACUAUGCUUACAGGCUGCCGCCGUUUAAUGCUAUAUAAAAAGGGGUGAAACAUACAAAUCAUGCCCUUCAUAUGUUUAGGAAGAAGUUAGUUUGCCCAGUCACUUUAGAUGUGUUUUAUUUCCAGUGUAGAGAUUUAAUUUUCAAAUCAGUACCUUUUCUCUUCAUUAGACACUAUUAGACACAUCAAUUUGUAAUUUAGGAUUACCUGUUGAAGCGCAUAUAAAAUGAUUUCCUGCACUGGAAAUUCCAAAUGACCAGUUCCAGUUGGAACCAAUUUAUAAACCAAUUCCUGUUGGAAUUUGGGCGAAAUUGACUGGAAAGUCAACCUGAGUAUGUUGCGGUCAGUUUAAAAAUAAAAU